UGUCUGAUCUUAUUUAUUUGUUACUCUUAGAAAAAUCUCCUUUCUGUCUGAACUGAGAAGCUCUCAGAGAAGACAGCGUCUGUCUCUUGGCAAUCUGUUCCUGGCGUUUUUCUUUGGCCUCCUUCAGUCUGUUGGCCACAGGUUUAGUAUAUUCUGCAGCCUCUUCCUUACUUAGUGCACUGCUUCUUCUACGCAGUAUGCUGACAUUUGUUUUGGAGGACACAUGGAGUAACAAGACGCUGAAUCUUGGGUGCUUUGGUUCUAGGUUUUUUACCUUCAAUUGAUGCAAAGUUACUUUUGGAUUUCUCCAUCUCUCCCUCCUCCACCUUCUCCAUUUUUCUUUAUGUUUUCUAUUUUUUGUGUGUGAAAACUUGCAUCUUCUAUUCUGGCACAUACUAUAAUUGUAGAGAUGUGAUUUAAAAAAUAUCAGCUACCUCCAGUCUACCUCCAGAUUGUGCGUGGGGAUGUUCUCCUGCCUGUGGACAUAGGAGCAUCUUUGUCCCAGACCUUCAGCCAUCAGAGCCCUUUUAUUCUGGAGGAGUUGUAAAGAACAUAGACUUUGUUCAGAAAAGAAUAUGGACAUUUAUCUUCACCCUGGAAGCGCUGCGAUUUGCGCUCAGGCAUAGCUACUCCAGUCAGGAAGGACGGGCAACAGCUGGGUCGGUGCUGAGUGGCCUGCAGCAUUUGCUUGUAGUCGAGAUGAAUUUGCCACUCAAUCCCAAAUCUUUCCUGAAUGGAUUAACAGGAAAGCCAGUGAUGGUGAAACUCAAGUGGGGAAUGGAGUACAAAAGCUAUCUGGUAUCUGCAGAUGGCUGUAUGAACAUGCAGCUUGCAAACACAGAAGAAUAUACAGAUGGAGCAUUGUCUGGUCAUUUGGGUGAAGUUUUAAUAAGGUGUAAUGUUCUUUAAUUCAGGGGUGUUGAAGAGGAAGAAGAUGGGGAGAUGUGAGAAUAGCAUCUUAUGUGGUGAAUUUAUAUGUAUGUCCAGACAAUAAACAUGUUUAAAAAAAAAAAAAGAAUAUGGACUUUGAAGUCACCUAGGCAUUAUUGAAACUGUUUCUGAAGUAAAUCAGCCAAAUAUCCUUAGAAAGCCUCUCAAUCUAUCGAACUCACUUAUUUUAAAAACUGGGUUAAUAAUAUGACCUUAUAUGGUUUUGUGAGGAGCUAAAAGGGUAAUUCUCAUGAACAACCCAGCACUGCAC